AUGACACAUAGGAUCGAUCCUGCAAGGCUAUGGAAAGCUCAUCUAGAACUGCAAAUCGCCUCCUCGAAGCUUCCGAAGAUGCAUGCAGGCCAAGCGAUCGAUCCAUCAGAAUCUCGAAUUAUCACAAUCCACCCGCAGCGACCGAGCACGCCCCCCAUUCCCAUCGUUGUUGCCCACAUCGAGGCAAUCCCGCUCAUUGGAAUCGUUGAUCCGUACCGACCGCACCAAGCGAUUCGUCGAGCACCGGCGACCGUUGUAGAAGUUCAACCGGCAGUUUCUGUCAAACGCAUUGCGGUCGAAGAAUCUUUGGAAGGAGGCGCUGAGGAUUUCGUCGUCUACGUUAAUGCACGCGCUUCGUCUGUCGGCGUUGUUCGACCUAUCGCUGUUUCCGUCGUUGCGAGUGAGGAAGGUGUCUAUGAAGACCCUUUCAUCGUAGUCCACGCGGCGGCCAUCAUUGCGCCUGCGGACUGUGAGGAUGCCUGUCGUGUCGUGCUCUGGGUAGGUGGUGGGCUUGGUGGGGUCGUAGUCCUUGAGAGUGGUGGUCUUGGGCUUUUCCUCUUUCCAUGGUAUUUCUGGCGCACGGCGGAGUCUCUCGCGCCUGUAUCGUGGUUGUUGAAGUUGUUGGCGUUCCCAUUGUCAUUGGUUUGCCGGCCACUUUCGCUGGCUACAAGCAAGGCGAGUAUGGACUGCUUCGGUCAGCCGAAUCCUCGCUUCUGGGAACUCACGUUAUACUUUGAGCAUAUCGACUGCGAUUCUGAGACAAAGCAUCGUCUUCUUGUAUGCUUCAAUGAUUCCUGCCUUCCUAUGCGCCACUACUUGGCAACCCCUGUGCAUUAUCGUCCAAGAAAUCAGGAGAUGAGUAGGGGAAGAAAUGUGUUCGCCCGCCUUCAAUACAGCCUCGUCCACUCAUCUCAGGCAUGCUCUUCGAGAAAGACCCGGUUGCCAGUCCCGGUCAAGCGUGAGAGAAGUCUGAAUUGGCGUGGCGGCUGUCACAGAAGGCUGCGGUAUGUACAACACCACCGCGGUAGAACUACUGUGGCAGCGCCAGGAACACAGCUGUUCCUGGGUAUUCUAUGGUUCAAGCGGCCGCAUGCCUUUGGCGGCCUUGUGAUUCUCUGUCCUAAAGUGGCCGGAGAGAAUGACAAGCCCGGCCUCAAAUUAAAAUGUGCUAAUUACGAAGCGGCCGCUCGUGGGCAUCCAGGCACACCCGGGGUGCCUAGAGGUCGCCCGCUUCGUGUCCAGCAAAUCGGACCACGUAGUAUAACCCACGAGCGGGCUCCCCUUGGUCACCUGACCUUCGCUACGCUUUGGGAGGUGCCAGAGGUCGCCCGCUUCGUGAACGAUCGGCGAAAAUCAGUCUCUCGGGAGUAUUGGUGUCAGUCUUGUAUCUCUGCUCAGGAGAAGAUGGUCCACGCUCUUAAAGAUUCCACGCAGGAUGAUGUGGAAUCGAGGGGCCCAAGCCAGGAUCCUUGGAAGCUCGCAGAUCGAACGUCAGGAAUGAUCACGGGAACUUGUUUUCGUCGCACACAUGAUGAUAGAUGCAUUGAACUUCGCUCGGUAGACCAACACAUGCUGCCACACACAACCACAGGCAAAGUCGCAUUUCGCUAUGGCCCAACACGCGAGGAGCUCCUCGAGACCAUCAGCGCCAUGCAAAAGAUGUCGCAACUACAAGAGACGGCACAGCGUCUGAAAGACAAGGCGGCCGCAGUAUCUAAUCCCAACGAAAGAGAAAGGCUAUUGAAGGAAGCAUAUGAGAAGGAGGUGGAAGCUAAUGGCCACAGUAGGAUGGCACGCCGAAUGCAAUCGGGUACAUGGCAAGGCCUUUUCGGCGGAGGAGGCAUUGGCGCUGGAGUAGGCAUGGGCCUCGGUGCAGUCUUGGGAACACUAGUUGGCGGAGUGGCAUCUGUUGCAACCGUGCCUCUCGGCGCCUUGACAGGAGCAGGUGUAGGUGCGUGGCAUGGUCCGUGGAUCAAGGUCGGCAACAUACAAAAGCGCUUUGAAGAUGCUUCGCCGGAAGAAGUGGUUAGUGCGCUGGAGCAGGAAAAGAAGCAACAAGCUCCAGGUUCUUCUGCACAGCAUGAUGAUGGCCAAGCGGGGCCGACGAAUGGAGUCCCGGCGCAGAAGAAAAAGCCGCGAAAGCUCGAGUUACGGUCCCAGAAGACAUCGGAAUCCGAGAUCAAACAUUCAGAAGCUACAUGA